AUGGCGAACACUACUACCCUCAAGGAGUUUGAGUCUGUCUUCCCAAAAUUGGUUGAGGACUUGCUUGCCCAUGCCCAAAAGUACAACCUACCACAACAAGGUCAAGAUUGGCUUAAAGCUUGUCUAUAUGCCAACACAAUUGGCGGAAAAUGCAAUCGAGGAAUGUCUGUCCCUGACUCAGUAUCUCUCCUUCUCGAAGCUCCCCUCUCCGAAGAACAAUACUUCGAAUCUGCCACGUUGGGAUGGAUGACCGAGCUCCUCCAAGCUUUCUUCCUCGUAUCAGAUGAUAUUAUGGAUGGCAGCAUUACUCGCCGCGGUCAACCUUGUUGGUACAGACAACCAAAUGUUGGUAUGAUCGCUAUCAAUGAUGCCUUCAUUCUCGAAUCUGCGAUCUACUCUCUGUUGAAGAAAUACUUCCGCUCCCACCCUUCCUACGUUGAUCUCAUCGAGCUCUUCCACGAAAUUACAUACCAGACAGAGCUCGGUCAAUUGUGCGACUUGUUGACUGCACCAGAGGACAAGGUCGAUUUGGACAACUUUUCCAUGACAAAGUACGACUUUAUCGUCACCUACAAAACCGCUUAUUACUCUUUCUACCUCCCUGUCGCUCUUGCCCUUCACCACCAGAAGAUCGCUACCCCAAAGAAUCUUAAGCAAGCAGAGGAUAUCUUGAUUCCACUCGGCCAAUAUUUCCAAAUCCAAGAUGAUUAUCUUGACAACUUUGGUCUACCAGAGCACAUUGGGAAGAUCGGUACCGAUAUCAUGGACAACAAGUGCUCUUGGCUCAUCAACCAGGCAUUGGCCAUCACAACUCCUGAGCAGCGUAAGAUUCUCGAGGAAAAUUAUGGUCACAAAGAUAAGACAAAGGAAGCCGCAGUGAAGAAACUGUUCGAUGAACUUAAUUUGAAGCAGAUCUACGAGGAUUAUGAGGAGAAGAAAGUUGGUGAAAUCAAACAAAUGAUUUCCCAGGUUGAUGAGUCAGAGGGUUUGAAGAAGACUGUAUUUGAAAGCUUCUUGAAGAAGAUCUAUAAGAGAAGCAAGUAA